AAACACUCAAGUUUCCAACAAACGCGUUCCUACUUGUAAGCGCUGCACUGCAAUGGAAAACGCUGUGAAAAUGGAGUGGACCAUUGGAGAAUGUUGAAGCCAAGAAACAUAGUUGCAACCAACUUUCCUCAAAUGUUUCUAGUGCACCUCGAGAUAACAUUAUCCAUGAGUCUCGACUCUCCAAGAACUCCCCGGUGUUUCGGUUGGGGUAACGCAGCCAAGCUUCGAUUUCCAGCAUGUCAUCAACUAGGGUUCCUCGUCGACGUCACAUACCAACAAGUACCACACCGGCUAAUCCCCAUAAGUGUGUAGCACCGUAUGCUACUCCGGAGGCUAAUCGUGUAGCGUGGCUAGCAGUAAUCGCCAUAAAUUUCCUCCACCUCUCGAUAUCCUCCGGCGACAUUACCUACCGUGAUGGUAAGGGAGGGCAAGCUAGCAUAGUCUUGGCUGAUUGAUUCGGACAAACUGAUAAAGAAGCGAACCUCGGCGCUUUCAACUCCCCAUCUAUAGCUCGUCCUCCCAUCAAUCUCAAAGCAUUUUUAGCUUUAGGCAUCUUCUCUCUAAACCUUGACACAAGCGCUUGAAAAGAGCCCCGUCGCCUUCGAUCCUCUCAUGCCGCCUCCUACUUCGUCAAAUGGAUAUGGUGCCGUCAAUGGCUCAGGACGGGGCGCGAACGCUCCUGGCGAUGAAGAGCAGCCUUUGUUAAACGGUACCGGACGGCCUCUUAAGUCGGGAUGGCGCAAAAGCAUGACGACGGACAUUCGUCGAGAUUGGACUGAUCUAGUGCUGCUCACCUGUUACAUCGUGACUGGCCUACUCGACAGCGCAUCCAUAUCGACAUGGGGCUCCUUCGUUUCGAUGCAGACCGGCAAUACGGUUUACUUCGGCUUGGGGAUCGCUGCACCACACGAGUCUACCAGAUGGAUUAAGUCGGGGACCUCACUCGCCUUCUUCUGCAUAGGCUCGGUGUUCUUCAGUUCUUUCCACCGCAUUUUCUCCGCCAAACGACGAUGGGUUCUCUGCGCAUCCUUUAUUGUACAACUACUGUUGAUCGUCGGGGCGGCAGCAAUCCUCACUUUUGGACCGGAAUCUGCAGACCCGAAAGAGUCGAUCGGAUGGUCAGAACUUGUUCCUAUUGCCCUGAUAGCGUUUCAGAGCUGCGGGCAAGCAGUAGCUAGCAGAGCGCUUAAGCAUAACGCUCUUACAAGUGUUGUGCUCACAAGUAUCUACUGUGACCUAUUCUCAGAUGCCAACCUGCUAGCCGCCCAGAACGUGGAACGAAAUAGAAGGGUCGCAGCGCCACUACUCCUUCUUGUGGGAGCCAUCUUUGGUGGCCUCCUAGCCCACAGCUCGGUGGGUUGCGCAGGCGCCUUGUGGGUUUCUGCGGCGCUCAAGUUUGGCGUUGUCAUCGCAUGGUUCUUGUGGCCCGAUGAAGCGCAAUGAGGUGGCGUUUGUUUCGGUGCUUCAUGUGCUUAGGCUGGACGCACAAUGAUAGGUGUGCGAACUAUAGCCUGUAUAUCUGCGGCCAUAGCCGGUUUUCCGUGUGGGAUCGCGACGAUCUGAUAGAUAAAAGAUAAAAUCAUAGAGCGCUUUGAGGGGUAUAGAACAUGAUACAGUACUAAGGGCUAAGUCUGGAGUUGGAAAUUCUUCACAAUAAAGUUCGUUUUACUAAUACCUGCUCGUUCUGAAAGUUAUUUAGGGAGAAGUGAAGCAGUUCCGGACCAAGUAGAGGCACAAUUAACCAACCUCUCGACCCCUCCGUUCAGUACACGCAACCAUUCAUAAUUCUAGCAGCGCAGCCCAACGCCUG